AUGUUCCUCCACUCAUUCAGUAAAACCAAUUUUGUAGCCCGCUCGUUACGACAACCUACCAGAUGGUUUCCUAGGCAUUCGAUUACUCCAUCAUUGCAACAUCUGCGAUGGAACUCGGCAAACACAUCAAAGCAUGAUACAAAACCAACCACCCCUCCACAACCCCAAACGACAACAAAGAAAGAACCUACUGAAAAGCUAUCUACACAGCUUGCGAAACCAUUUUUUGACCCUUCAAUAUGGACGGUGCCGAAUAUUCUUACAUACACUCGAAUCAUAGCAACUCCAUUCAUUGGGUAUAAUAUAGCAUGCGGGAAUUUAAAAGUAGCUCUACUGCUAUUCACCUACUCCUGUGUCACCGACUUCAUUGAUGGGUAUAUCGCGAGACGAUUCAAUAUGAAAUCUGUUGUGGGAUCAAUCAUUGACCCAUUGGCUGACAAGUUUCUCAUGACAGUGUGUACGCUUUCAUUAGCGUAUGCAUACUCGAUUCCGCCAAUUAUUGCAUCCAUAAUCAUAGGUCGUGAUGUCUUGUUGAGUUUUAUGUCCAUGUAUUACCGAUACAAAAGCUUACCUGUACCGAAGACAUUUGCAAAAUUUGUCAGUAUUGGUCAAUUCCCUACAAUCAGCGUACAUCCAAACAUGUUGGGGAAAUUCAAUACUGCAUUGCAGAUGUUGUACAUAGGUGUAUUGGUUUACCGACCCUUAUUGGACGACUACUUAAAUGUACCCGAAGUAACCUAUGAUUGGUUAGGACUCGUUGUUGGAGCUACAACUGUGGCUAGUGGCGCAACUUAUGUUUUUGGAAAGAAUUCAUGGCGAUACGUGAAAUGA